AUGAAGCGAAACGUUAACACCUUCAAACUCAUCAAGUCUCCACUGAGAACUUGCGAUUCUUGUGGUUCCACGUUUCCCCCCAGACACAACCCAUUCUCGAAAGAGCUCAUCAAUUAUCUUUUGUUGAAUCCCUGCAACCACGUUCCGUCGUAUGGAGAUGUCUCCUGGCUGAAGAACCAUAUCAGUACUGGCAAAAAAGAGCUAGCCGCGUAUGGAGAUGAAAUUGAUAGGAUGACCAAGAUAUUGGAAGAGUUGAAGGCGAGAAGAGACGAGUUGUCCUGGGCAACCACUCAACUGAACGAAAUGGUUAGCCCAUCAAUCCAUGCACUGCCUGUCGAACUCAUGUUGAAAAUCUUCUUCAUUGUCUGCGAGGAUCGUCCCGUUUCUGGACGACGCCAUCCUGCGUUCAAACUUAGUCUCGUAUGUUCACGAUGGAGAAAGAUCAUACAUUCGGAACAGCAGUUAUGGACCCGAAUACACUUUUCAGAACUUCGUUUUAAAGCACGGAACGGUUGUCUAGUUUACUCGGAGCCCCAUAUUCAGGCCACUCGCCAGAGUCUAAUCCAGUUUUAUCUAGAGAAAUCGGGAAGACUACCUCUCCACAUUCACUUACCCCUCAGCGACAGCUUCGCCAGUGUUUUCCAGGACUUGGUUAAGCAUGCGCAUCGAUGGAAGGAGGUGACGAUGACUUGCCGGAAAGACUAUCACGAUUUCCCUACUUCCUUGCCGCUUAUCGAGACGAUGGAUAUUCGUGGUUUCGAAGCUAUGGAUGAUUAUCCUGACAAAAUUUUCACCCCGAGCCUCCGCACCCUUACUCUGUCCUAUCCUUCAAGAUCUUCUUAUCCACGUCUCGAUACCAGGUCGUUAGUCUGUCUAAUCCUCGAUCGCGGUGCAUCAUAUUCCCAUUUUUACGACAUCGUGAGGCACUCCCCGAUGCUCUCAUCGCUCCAACUAAUCAACUUUCGCUUUUUUGGCCAAUCGGCCCGGGCGUCUGCCACUGUCGUCCCUACCCGAUUGACCUCCGUCGCGAUCUUGGGAGCUCAAUACUGCGACCCCUUCUUUCCCCUCUUCAAGACCAUAUCAGUUCCAUAUCUAGAAAACCUGACUUUCUCGUGUAGCCUGUACGGCUCGGAUUCAUUCAGCGUCCAAACGACCUUAGCCUUCGGACAACUCAUAAAGGAGUCCUCAAUCACCUCCUUAACCCUUAAAUCGAUAUAUUUCGAAAAUAUCCUUCUCCUCUUUGACAUCUUGGCCAGUCUUUCUGGCACAUUAACUCGGUUGAGCAUUCUCAUGUGCAACUUCACCGACAAGAAAUGGGAUAACUUUUUGGACCUUAUGGCUUCGUCCCCGGGACAAUACUUGCCGAACUUGAAGGAAUUGGAGUUCUCGUAUCGACCUUGGUCUGACCGUUCCGAGUCGUUACUGCUCCGAAUGGUCCAAUCGAGGAAGCGGAGUGCUACUAGUACGGGGAAGCUAUCGGUUCUUCGACUUAGGUGCAAAGAUCAACAACUUAGUAAUAACAUCAAAAGAUACUUGAAAAAAAGUUUAUGCGGGGAGGUUCUCCGGGGGCCCGUUUAUUCACCUGGCAAUUCUGCAAACUUUGGCUUUACAGUAAAGUACUUUCCGAUACAGGUUAUAGUCGAAUACGCGCGUAAGCAAGUUGAAUACUACACGAAGGAGAUGGACACAGUACUGGAGCAUAACAUGUACAUGCGUAAGCUACGUUGA